AGAAGAAGAAAUAUAAGUCUCUGAGUCACCGAUCUAUAUGUAUGUACAUCAAGCUUUUUGGUCAUCGUUUUCUUGGAGCAGUGACAUACAAAUUUAGCAAGGUUGCAACCGCAUGGAGAAAAAGCUAUCACUCAUACCUAGAAAAGUUAUCCAACAUUUCAUCAAACCAGGCAAUUAGAUUAUAGCUUUGAUCAAGUCUGCAGUGUGAAAUCGUCACUCAAACGCUGAAAGAACUCUAACCCGGUGUUGCAGUGUGGAUUGUAUCGAGGAUCGUUUGAAACAUUGAGUUGAUUGAAACCACAAGUCCCCAAGCUCUAGUUGGAAUAGUGCGGCAGAGGUUCUGGGUGCUAGAUGUACGCACACUUGCAAAGAAAGUCGUUAGUAGCUGUUGGACUUGUUUCAAAUAUAGACCAAAGAUGUUGGGUCAAAUUAUGGGCAAUCUGCCUACCGACAGAGUGCAGCCUGCAAGAGCAUUUUUAAAGAGUGGUGUAGACUUUUGCGGUCCGUUCCAAACGACUUACAAGCUGCGAAGGCAAAGAACUUCAAAAUCUUAUGUAGCCGUCUUCGUCUGUUUCGUUGUGAAGGCGGUCCAUCUGGAGGUUGUCUCAGAUUUAACUACUGAAGGGUUUAUUGCAGCACUUAAACGAUUUGUAGCAAGGCGAGGUUUAUGCAAGGAUCUGUAUUGCGAUAAUGGAACGAAUUUUGUUGGGGCCCGUAACCAGUUAGAAGAGUUCAGGCGAAGUUUUCUUGACCAGAAAACGGAACAAAGAAUAAGUCAAUGGUGUGCCGCAGAGCGAAUUCAGUUCCAUCAUAUACCUCCAAAGACUCCACAUUUUGGUGGGCUAUGGGAGGCCGCCGUAAAGUCAGCCAAAAAACAUCUCGUUCGCACCGUCGGGGAAACUUCCCUUACCUUUGAAGAACUGUCAACUGUUGUGGCUGAUAUAGAAGCUAUAUUGAAUUCCCGUCCAAUGUAUGCGAUGUCCAAUGACCCGAGUGAUGAAGAAGUCCUUACUCCUGGUCAUUUUUUAAUUGGUGGUCCAUUAAAUGCAAUAGUCGAACCAGUGGUCACUGACUACAAGAUGUCUGCGUUGAAGAGAUGGCGACAGCUGACGUUGAUAAAGCAGCAUUUUUGGAAUCGAUGGUCGAAGGAAUAUCUGGUAGACUUACAAAGACGAGUAAAAUGGUCUGUUUCAUCUCAAAAUGCCAAAAUUAAUAGCCUAGUUCUCGUUGGGGAUGACAAUGCACCUCCACAAAACUGGCUAAUGGGACGAAUAACAAAUUUGAUUCAAUCUUCAGAUGGGAAGGUUCGUGUUGUUGAUAUCAAUACCAAAAAGGGCGUGAUUCGAAGGUCAAUUCAUCGGAUAGCACCGCUUCCACUAGAUGAUUGAAGAUACCCUUUGGAUACUUCAAGGCGGGCAGGAUGUUUAAGCUGCGAACUCCGAAUAAUAUGUUUAUAUUAUAAUUUAUUUUACUAUACACAAUUUUAUAUCUUUGAAGUAUUGUAUGCAUUUGUAUUAGACUAUAAGUAAUGAAAAUGAAUCAAAAAAAUAAUUAAUCUUAAUUAAUACUAAAUUGAACUAAAUAGUCAACACUAAAACUUUGCUGAAUGUCUCUCUUAUAUUUUAACGAAAAUUGAACAUAAGGAUUGUCGAAUAAAAUAAAAAGAAAUGAUAUCGUUGAACUAGCCACGACAAGACA